AUGUCUUUCGCAUCACCUUGGGAAUCUAUGCUGGCUCAGAUGGGCCAGGAUGGUCUUCGUUUUGCUCAAGCCAUACCCGCUCUGCAGGGAAAUGCAGUCUUCGCGGCUGCUGGAGGGCCCUUUCAAGAUCUUGUUCGGAGACUUGAGUUCUUCAAGCAGAAGGUCGCUACUCAAGAUGCCUUUCUCCGCUCUGGUGUCAAGGAAAACUUUUCCAUGGCCAUCAAUCGCCUAGAGGUAGCACUCCUUCAGCUGUACAAGCUUGCCGUCUUCAUCCGUGGAGAGUCCGGUGGCGAUGACAUGCAGAAGAUGUCUAUCCUUGAGCAGUGCUCUCGAGCCUUUUCAGACUCUCAAGCUGCCUCUCAGGCUGGCUUCGAUCAGGUGCAGAGCAUCUAUUCACAGGCUGUUUCUUUGAACGCGGAGGAAAUCCAGCAGCUGCAACGGGAGGUCGAGCGUGCGUCAGAGCAAACGAAAAUGGACUGGGAGAACGGCCGUCGUCAGAUGGAGCAAUGUCAAGAGGAUGUCGCAAGAUAUUCUCGCCAGUUGGAGGAUGCUUCCAAUGCUUUUCGUGAAGCACACGAUAACGCGCGUGAUAUCGGCAACGACAUUGGGAGGGUAUUCUUUCCUUUUGGUGGUGCUUUUGGUGACAUGGAAAACAAUCAGCAGAGAGUUGAAGAAGCUAGACACAGAGUGAAUGCUGCGCAGGACCAACUUCAGAAUGCCCAUUAUGCUCUCAUGCAGGUUGUGAGCCAACAGAACGAACUCAACAUGAGGCGUGCCGCUAUUGAUCAUGUGGCCCAGCAGCUUCCUGUCCUCCAGGCCACAGCUGAUGCGCUCAACAAGCAGUCUGCUGCACUCUUGGCUGGUUUCACUGAGCUCAGGGAGAAAGCCACACAAUUAGCACUCCUGAUGAACGAUAUGCGGAACGGAGCUAGAGAUACGGGUGCCCAGUCGUGGGAGAAGGAUCAGUUUGCUGAGGGUAUUCUCAGACUUUGCCAGAUGGCACUAAUUGACGGCCGUGUUUGCGACGAAGUCGAGACCAUCACCAAUGAGAUCUCUAGUGGAUACUCUGGCCAGGUACCAAGCAGUAUUGCCGACCUCUUGGCUAAGGUUGGACAGCUUGCCAGGGAUGUAGCUCAGAAGAGUAUUGCUGGGUAG